UUAUUUUUUAGCCAAUACUUGACUUUAUUUUCUAUCAGUAUAGUAUUAAAUAGAAAGAUGAGGUGCCCUUAAAAUAUUAAUACAAAAUUUACAUAAACAAACCUAAAAUAUUAAUAAUAUUAAUAAUCCAUUAAAAUAAGCAAAAGAUUCACAAAAAUCAUUUUGGUAGAGGCUGAAAGUGUUGAUAAUAACUCCGAGUGUAAUCAAUCAUUAAAUCAGCAUGACACUCUGGCAAUUCUCCUGUUUGUACAGCAGGAGAACCACUGUACCUAGCAAAAGGGGGCACCACAGUCUCGGGAGCCAAAACUGUGUUAUCUUCUAUUACACAGCAGUCUUUGAGGACACACCUUCUGCCCUAAAUUCAACUAAUAGAAUAAAAAUAAAAAAUGAGUCAAUAACUUACAAUUACACAAUUUUUGCCUAUAUGAACAUAGCUUCCUAUCUGAGCUGCAUUGACUAAAGUUCUUUCUCCAAUAAAAACAUGAUCUCCUAUGCUUAAAGGAAAAAAUGCCACCCUAAAAGAUGAAAUUAGUUGUCUAAAUCAAUAAGUAGUGAAUUUACAUACACUUUGCUGAAUUUCUUAGAAGGAGGCCUCAAAACAGCUUCUCUACUAAUAAUACAAUAUCUGCCAGUUUUAACAUUAGCCAAAUCGCCCCUAAUUAUAGCUUCGGCCUGGACAAUGACUUUGCCUUGCAAAAUUAUGUUUUGGGAACCACAGAGGACCGUUUGUCUGCAAACUUUAUUACCGGAGGCCUGAAAUUUAGGAAUUACUGGGUGUAGAGGUUUCGGUUGUCGAUACAUACUGUUUCAACGUAAUCGUUUUUGUUAUAAUUACUGUCCCUGAGCUCCAUAGUGUAGAAUUAAUUCGGAAAAUAGAUUUUUGAAUUUGUAUUGUGGAUUUUACUAGGGGGUUUUGGAAAAAUGGAAAAUCAUUAAUUUGGAAAACAACUUUGGAAGUUUUGUUUUGACAUUAAAACAUAACCUAAAAAUUACUUUAUUCUUCGGGUAUUCAUGUCUUUCUCUUCCAGCUUGUAUUAGAAAGAGAUAAUUAUACAUUUUUCCUGCACUGGUUCUUCCAAUAUAUUUUGGUAUAUAAAACAUAAACAAAUAAGAAAAAGCUACUAAAAAAUAUGAAAAUUAUUGUUAUUAUGAAAAACUAAACUGUGUUUUUAUAAAAAUUCGCAUUGAAUAUGGUUGUGUGUUCGGCCGACCACGUUCUACAAUCCGACGUAGUGUUUUUAAUCGAGGCCACUGCGGUAAAUGGGGCCUACAUUGCCGAUAUCAAAACCAACUACAUCAUUCCAUCUUUAGAGUACUUCCACCAAGGAAGCAUUGAAGACACCACUUUACUAUCUGAAAAUUCAAACUCGUUCUACGGUAUAGUCACAUACCAAGCGGCUGAUUGCUUACCUAAUUUAUCCGCAGACACUUUUGGACCGUUUACUAGCCCUGCCAAAGUUUUAGGGGCAAUUGAGAGACUUGAGCUGAUUGGUGGAAAAGGUGAAUCACAUGCAAACAUCGCAGAAGGUCUAGCAACAGCUCUAUGUUGCUUUGAAGAGCUCCAACUCAAACGAGAUCCAAACGUUGUAGUGCAAAAGCAUUGCAUCCUAAUUUGCAACUCGCCUCCCUAUUUAAUCCCUGUAUUUGAAUGUCAAUCGUAUUCAGGCAAAAAUGCUGAACAGCUAGCUGCAAUUCUACAAGAAAAAAACAUAAAUUUGUCUAUAAUAUCGCCCAGAAAAAUCCCCCCUCUUUAUAAACUAUUUGAAAAAGCCGGUGGUGAUUUAUCAUCUUCACAAACAAAAAACUAUGCAAAAGAUCCAAGACAUUUGGUCUUACUAAGGGGCUUCAGCCUCAAAGAAAGACCUGUAAGUCCUCCACCUGGCAGUGUAUCAAAUCAAGCGCAGCUUGUAGCUUCUGCUGUCACCUCAAUGCCCAGCCCAUUACCUGGAAACGACAGUCCCAUCCAUAACACUCAAAUGGGCACCCCACAAAAUCCAAACAUGAUGGGCAAUAAUUCACCAACUGUCGUUAACAGUGGCAUGGGACAAAGUCCAGUCUACAGGUCGCCCAACCAUCAAGUGGGUAGAAUUAUGACCACAACUCAAAUGGGCCAGAUGGGCAUGAGUGGUAUGCCAGCGCCUCCUGGCUACCACACGUCUACAGCUGCUAGACCUGGUUGGCAAAUGCCACCACCCACACAACAGCCCAGGGCUUAUAUGCAACCCAACCCAAAUAAUCAGCAAAUGAAUACCAGCACUGCUGGAGGUAGUGCUUUGAUUGCUCAAUUGAAUCAACCACCUUCGAUGGCAGCUGGAAAUGUUAAUCAGUUUAAUCAAUUAAACCCAAAUAAUCCUGGAAUGAACAAAAUCAUUCCGCAAGGUAUUCAAACUUCAAUGGCACCUUCAAUGCCUCAACAAGGAGCUCCUCAAAGUAAUCCUGCUGUUACUUCACAGGCUCAGUCCGCUCAACCUGCUGUCCAACAAAUGGGCGGUAGAGAAAGGCACACCAUAUGGCACGGAGUGCUGGAAUGGAUAGAAAAACCUAAAAAUCCUACUGACCAACAAAAAGUCACUAAGCAAGUGCCUUGUCAGGUGUCUUCAAAUUCCAAAGAUGGAGAACCAGAAAUGAAAGCAGAUGGUUGGCCCCAAAAACUAAUAAUGCAACUAAUGCCAAAACAACUAAUAGGCAACAUUGGCGGUUCCUAUCUGAAAAACUCCAAGUCAGUCUUAUUCCAUCCCACCCAAUGCGAAGCCCUAGAUUCCUUGACACGAGUAAUGAAUUCUGGUUUUGCUGGUUGCGUGCACUUCACUAGCAAUCCAAAUCCGGCAGCAUGCGACAUAAAAGUUCUGAUUCUCCUGUAUACAGCAGACAAAAAAGCUUAUCUUGGUUUCAUCCCCAACGAUCAAGCUGCUUUUGUAGACAGGCUACGUAAAGUUAUUCAGCAACAAAAAUCGACUCAAAUGAGACAGGGAGGCAAUGGACAACCGAUGAACCCUCAAACUCCAAUGCCAAUGCCUAGUGGUAAUCAACAAAUUGGAGGGAAUAAUCCGGUUACUUCGCAACAACAGCAAAAUGUACAGCAGCAGCAACAGCAACAGCAAGGAUUGAUGAUUUCUCAAACAAAUAGUUUGUCUAUGGCUGGUGGACAGAUCACUCAGAAUUUGAACCCUCAAGGUCAACCAGGUCAGUCUCUCAACCAACCAGGUACCGCUAUUGGACAACCAGGUGCUUCUAUUGGUCAAACUCCAACUUCAAUGGGACAAAUUGGAGGUAAUAUUGGACAACCUGGUAAUCCAAUCGGACAGUCUGGUGGAAUGAUGGGACAAAAUGUCGGACAGCAAGGUCCUAAUCAACAAAACAUGCAACAAGGCAACAUGAUGGGUCAACCAGUUCAAAGAGGUCCUUUCGAGAACCAACUUCAAGUAGAAAGGCAACAAAAUUUGGACAAAAUCAAUAAACUAAAGCAAACUUUAGAAGCUGCCCAACAGCAAGAGCAACAAUACAAAACCCAAUUAGAAAGGAUCAGUCACAUGAAGACGUCUCACUUACAGGAAGCUUUGCAGGCGGCGCAGCACGCAGAAAUGCAAUUCAAAAUUAUGGAGCAAAGAAUGGCGGCUCAAGGUAACCCUCAAGUACCGCAACCCAACAAUCCUCAACAACAAAGGAUGAUCAGACCGGUGAUGAAUAACAAUCCUGGAUUGAGACAUCUUUUACAACAACAACCGCAAUACAGACAGCAAAUAAUUAAUAUGCAACAGAUGGGCAAUAAUGGGCGAGGUCAAAUGGGGCAGCAGCAAAUGCCCAAUCCACAAGGACAAGGACAACCUAAUCAGUUUGAUGAUGUGUCUAAUUUUGAUUUUAAUAUUAUGUAAACUUAUUGGGUAGGUUUUAUUUGUUAAUUUUUUUAUUUAAAUGUAAGAAGAAAUCUAGCGAUGUUUUAUCAUUAUUAUUUAAUUGAAUCAUUUAUGCUACUAUUCCAACUGUUUGCAGUGGUGUCAAAUUUCAAGUUUUUUAUGUAUGAUACUUUUUUCAUCCCCUACUUGCUCAUUACAGCAUAGAGUUGUUUAGCUCUUAUAGCUGAAAACUCUUAUGGAACAAGAGCAUGUCAAGCUAUUGAUAUUUGAGUUGGUAGUGGGUCUUUUAUAAUUUUUUUCCAGGGCCAACAACAUGUUAAAUAACGCAGCUUAAAUAAAAAGGUGCAGUAUAAGUUUUGAAAUGAAGUUAUACAUUUUGUUUCCUGAUAAAACCCUCCAAUUUUUUCCUAAUUUCGCUUAUUGUCUUGAGAGUUAAACAUUUUCUACAAUGCUAAUAUAGAUAUCAUUGCUUUGUGACAGGUAAUUGAAAAGUAGAAAAAUUUACUUUGCAAAAUGACAAGCUAAUUGGAUAUUUGUUUCUUUUUCGUGGAAAAUUAGGCAGUAAUUUCAAUUUUUGAGGAAAAAUAAUGUCUCAUUUACCAUGAAAGUAAAAUAUAGUUUUCACUUCACAAAGCAGAAAUUGUAUUUCGGUACCAUUUCUAUUUCACAGAUAAGUGACAAUAGAUUCAUUACAUACAUUAUGAUUAUUAUAUAAUACUUAAUAUGUAUAUGCAUUGAAUUUCUAUUGACCUUCAACCAACAACCCUGCUGUUUAUAACCCCAAGGAAACAUCUUUCUCCCACAAAAUAUAUAUAAAAUAUUUAACUGUUAUGAUUUAAUAAUAAUUACAAAAUAUAAAAUAUUAAUAAUAUUUACAUCAUAUCUAUUAUAAACUACAAACUAUUAAUAAAAAUCUACACGUAAAUGCACAUCCCUCAUAUGCACUUUCAAAAACUCUGGUGUGAAGGUCUCAGAGCAAAACUGACAUUUCUCUCCUUCAUGUACUCUGGAAUUUAUAUGAGCCCUCAAUCCUUGUUCAGUGGCAAAGCCUCUAUUGCAAACGUCGCAAAACACUCUCUCUUUCUCCUCAACAUUGUGCGUUCUGCGCAUGUGAUUUUUCAAAGAAAGUUUCAAUUUGAACCUCUCCCCGCACAUAUCACAACCGUAAGGCGUUUCAUUGGUGUGCGUCCGCCAAUGGGUAACCAAGUGGGUUCUUUUAGUGAAAUCUUUGCCGCAGUAUUCGCACUUAUGCGGCCUGAGUUUUUUGUGAAUCCCAUCCACGUGUCUUUUCAGGUGCAUUUUUUGGAAAAACUUCUUGCCACAAAUGUCGCACUCUAAAUCCCUCACUCCGCCGUGCUCUUUCUUAUUAUGCAAAUCUAGAGCGUGUUUCGAUCUGUAUUUUUUGCCGCACUGGUCGCAAAUGUAAUCCAGUUUUGAGGAAUGCCAAUAGAGUUUGUGGUACCUCAAGCCUCUCAGGUUUCUGGUCAUUACGCCGCACACGUCACAGCUGAAAUGUUCCGGAAAAUGUAUGGUCAUGUGAUGUUUCAUGUAAUGUUGUUUGACUUCUUUUUUGCAAAUUUCGCAAGCCAAAUAUUUUUUGCCGUUUUUCCAGAUUACUUUAGUGUCGUCUAGUUUUUCUGUUUGUCUUUUUGAUUUGUCAUUUGAAUCUUGUUUUUUUAAUUUGUCUCUCAUUGAUUUUCUUAUAAAUACAACACUGGGAUAUCUUCUAUCGCUCAUUGAGUUUUCUUGUUUUAGAAUUCUACUGCUCAUUGCAAUCAUGUUGCGUUUUCUUAAUAGUCGUUUUGGGGAUAGUGAAGGAGGUUCUAUAGGGUUAUCGUUUGCAUUAUUAUCUUCAGUCUUUAACUCAUUUUCAGAUAUUUGUUCUAGUUCUUCAGUGUGUUCGAGUUCUUCAGUUAUUUCUUCAACUUCCUGGUUUUCUUCAGUUUCAGCGUUUUCAUCCUCUUGAUUCUCACUGUAAUAAUUAUCUUCCUCGCUAGUGCUUUCUGGCGUCAUUUCUCUUUUUCUGGUUUGUCUUUUUGUAAUAUGUUUCUCUUCCAGUUUUACAUGAGUAGAUUGAUUAGUUUCUGAGAUGACUUUGGUCCUUAACGCAUUAAUCAGCUUGUUGUGGGAAUGUAGAAUUUGCUUUCUAAUUGCCAUGCAAAAUUUAACAUCUCUCGCACAUUCUAGACAGGAUUCUUUGGGAAGAUUGUCAUUGGGAUCUAG